UGCGGUGAUGGCUCCGUACUCUCAUGCGUCCCUUCGCUCAUUCGUUCUUUUCCAAAGCACUGAAAAGCUUCGAGUAGGAAAGGGACCGACUGCCUAUCCCCGGCCUUCGAGUCCUAAUAAAGUUAGUCUACUCUAUUUCUUCUUCGUCUUCUUCUUCUUCUUCUUGAAUCGCAGCUCUCUCCGUCUCUCUCUGCAUCUCGAUCCUUCCAAGGUUUGAUUUUUCGUCUCUUUCGUUUCCCAGCUCUCAAGGUAUGUUCCUUUCCUAGACUAGUGUUUUUCCAUAAGAUUUGAGCCCUUUUCUCCCCUUCUGAUUCUUCAAACUCUCUCUCUCUCUGGUAUGAUCAAGUUUGUUGAGUUGGGAAGAAAGGAAAAUGUCGUGUUUUCUUGAGAUAUUGCGCUGCAUCAUUUGCUGUGAAGAUGAUGAUGGUGACAGGCGUGAUUACCGUGAUUAUCGAACUCUCUCCUCGGAUAUUAGUAGGGAGUAUAGUUACCAUGGAACAACUAAGAGUUCUUCUUCUUCUCUUGCGGUUUCGAACAAUACUCUGGCAGUUACAGGAAGAUCAAACCGAGAUUAUUCUAAUUCGGGUUCAGAGUACUCAAUUUCUUAUGGAUCAUUGAAUAAGUCACCACUGAUUCAGACUCCAUUACGCCUUCCACCUAAUCCUCCUCCCCCCAAAGUUACUCAGAAAUCGAUAUCAUCUCUGCCAUCCUCGGUUAGUCAGACUCCAUUAUGCCUUCCUCCUACUCCUCCUCCCCCCAAAGUUACUCAGAAAUCGAUAUCUCUGGUACCCUCGGUUAGUCAGACUCCAUCACGCCUCCCACUUACUCCUCCUCCCCCCAGAGUUACUCAGAAAUCGAUAUCUCUGCUACCCUCGGUUAGUCAGACUCCAUUACGCCUUCCAAUUACUCCUUCUACCCCCAAAGUUUCUCAGAAAUCGGUAUCUCCGUCACCACUACCUUCUCCCCCCAAAUCAGUUGAUUCAGCAGUUAAUGAAAGGAGUACCAUUACAUAUGAGCUGGAAACCAUCAGAAGCUCACCCGCAAAGGGUAACGAAGAUACUCGGUCGCGGAACAACUUGGCAACAGCAUCUCCUGCAACUUUCUCUAAGCAUUCAUCCGAGGCAUUCCUGUCUUCCAAUAAGCAGGGUAUCUGUUCAUCGAGGCCUCCUCAAUCUUCCUCUAAGCCACUUCUAUCUUCCUCCGGACCUCUUUCAUCUGCCUCUAACCCACUUCCAUCUUCUGGACCUCUUUCAUCUGCAUCUAACCCACUUCUAUCUUCUGGACCUCUUUCAUCUGCCUCUAAGGCAACUCCAGCUUCCUUGAAGGCACCACCAUCUUCGCGAUGGCCUCACUCAUCUACUUCUGAACAAACUCUGUCUCUAUCCCCUUCUCCAGUUCAGAAUGAUCCUAAUUCAGUGGUUGUAGAGAAUAUUAAAUAUUUGAUCUCCACUGGGUAUCGUUCAUCUUCUUCUGAGCUGGGUCCGUCUCCAUCUCCCUCUAACUCGAAUACAUUGAAUCUACCAAGGAAAGAGAAAUGGGUUCAGGUUCAAAGGGGUAAAACUCCUACCUUUGCUAUAACUAACGACAGCAAAAACUCUGUUCAGCCACCUUCUUUCCCUCAAUCUCUUCCACCUGCCACUAAGUCUCCCCAAUCUUCCUCUAAGCUGCCACCAUUUCUCAAUGAGCUUUGUCCAUCUUCAUGUAAGGGAAUUCCAUCUCCAACACCCUGUCCCUCAGAUAAAACAAAUCCUGCUACGAAAACCAAAUUGGUUUGGGUUCUAAAGGGUACAACUCCAAUUUCUUCAACUAAUAAAGCUAAAAAAACGCUACCUCAAUCUCUCCCUCAGCCUCUUCCUUCUGGUUCUGAUUCUGAUUCUGAUUCUCCUCCAUUUUCCCCCAACUUAUCACCAUCUUUGAAUGGAACUUCUCCAUUUUCCUCUUUCACAAGUUCUGCUCCUUCUGGUCCACCUGAUCCACCCAAAAAAAACACAUACAUCCAUGGAGGUGCAACUCUUAUAUAUGAGAUCCCCGAAGAUAUAAAAAAUUUGAUCAAGAGGGACAUUGUACCUUAUGUUCUGAAGGAACCAUUAUCACCAUGGACCUACAAAGACUACUUUGCUACACUACUUUAUGCUGAAGACUUCUACGAAGAGAAAUGGAGUGAAUUCUGUUUAAAGAAUGUAACUCUAAAGUUGGAGGAAGCCUCAAUUUAUGAAAAAUCAAGCAAGAACAAGUCUUUGAAUUGCAGUGAUGAAUAUGAUGAGAAACUUCUUGUAGUCUUUGAGAUCGAUUUGAUUCCUGAGCGGCGACCAUUUCUCCUAUCAAGGGACUUUGUCUUUCUAAAACCUGCCGGCGAGGAAGUGGAACCCUUUAAGGGGAUUCUCCAUCGCGUGGUAAAAGGAAAUCGGGUCUUAGCUGAAUUUGGUGAUGAUUUUUAUCUUCACCAUUAUCCAGAUUUCAAAUAUGACGUCAGCUUCUCGUUCAACAGAGUCUGCUUAAAGAGGUCUCAUCAAGCAAUUGCAGCUGCAACCAACCGUUUGUUCCAGAACUUCCUUUUCCCUGAUCAAAUAUCUAGAACCAGCAUUUCCACCCUACCUUUAAUCCCUUCGAAUCAAAAUCUUGAUUGGGACCAGAUCUCUGCAGUACAACAAAUAUUAAGGCUCUGUGGCUCACCACCUUAUCUCAUUGAUGGUCCGCUCUGUUUAACUAGAUCAAAAGAAUUAUCAAGAACUGGACUGGUCAUACGGGAAGCUGUUCUACAGAUUUACAAAUACUCUUCAGGCUGUCGGAUCCUUGUCAGUGCACCUACAAAUAAAACAUGUGAUGUGCUGGCGGAAAGCCUGGAGAAAGAGAUUCCAGAACUGGAUAUUUUCAGAGCAAAUGCUGCCUUCCGAGAGAUUGUUGAUGUACCCGAUGACAUCCUUCAUUUAUGCCAGUAUGAGGGGGAAUGCUUUACUUGUCCACCUCUCGAGGAGCUCCAGAAUUUUAAGGUGAUCUUCUCAACAUUUGUGAGCAGCUUCCGUCUGCAUAAUGAAGGCUUACCUACAGGGCAUUUUAGUCACAUUUUUCUGGUGGAUGCAUCUUCAGCUAUGGAACCAGAGGCAUUAGUGGUUCUUACCAAUCUGGUCGAUGUGGAUACAAAUGUUGUGGUUUCUGGUGCUUCAUGGAACUCAUCUAGUUGGGUGCGCUCUGAUAUUGCUAGGAGGUAUGGAUUGAAGAAAUCGUAUUUUGAGAGGCUCCUGGAGAGUGAGCCAUACUGUACGGAAGAUUCAAUGUUUGUUGCACAUCUUGAGGCACAAGGGUUUAGUACCUUCCACAGCAUGUUUGAGUUUUAACUGCCAGCAAUUGUAGGCAACAUAGCAGAGAGCUCUGCUUUCAGAAGUGAACCAGAGUUGCAUUCUGGAGUAGCUUACUGAUUGCUGUGUUAAAAAAUGACACGAAAAUGGAUAUGAGUAGAUGUUGGUCGACAACGUCUCUCUCAGAGCCUGAGAGCCUGAAUUAGACAUGCAUUUUCAAACUUGUCCUGAAAGGAUUCCAGUUCUGAAAGUUCACCACCAACAUUUGUUGUCUAUAUCCUUCAUGUUUUGUAUAUUUGUUCCUGUACCUGAUCUGUAUAAAUACUACAAAUAUGAAAUGCUCAAGGAGCUUCUAUCAAUUUUCAUGA